GGUCCCAACUCGGUAGAGUAGACACUUUAUUUUGUUCACUGAGAGGUGUCGUUCCGUUCCCGCCCAGUUCCAUUUCGCUCGCUCCGAACUCCACCAUGGGAAAUUCGUCCAAGGACGAUUCCGCCACCUCCGCAGAUGCAUCCGCUGGCGACGUUCAGCCGUCCAAUUCCGGCGUCUAUUCAGAGGGCGAAAAAGUGCUCGCCUAUCAUGGUCCUCGCAUCUACGAAGCCAAGGUGCAAAAAACUGAGAUCAGAAAGAGUGAAUGGAAAUACUUUGUUCACUACCUUGGCUGGAGUAAAAAUUGGGACGAAUGGGUAGGUGAGGACCGAUUAAUGAAACAUACAGAAGAGAAUGUAUUGAAACAGUUGGCCCUAGACAAAAAGCAAAAUGUAGACAAGAAUGUUAAGUCUGGGCGUUCAACACAAGCAAAGGGCAAAACGUCUACAGAUGUCAAAGUUGAUAAAGAGGAUGUCAAGAACAAUGUGUCUAAAGGGAAGAAACGGAAGCAAGAUGCUGGAGUUGAGAAGGGCAGCGGGUCUGUUGAAAAGCUUGUCAAGAUUCAAAUUCCUGCAACAUUAAAGAAACAACUUGUUGAUGAUUGGGACUCUGUGACUCAGCAGGAUAAGCUUGUAAAACUUCCUCGUUCACCAACUGUUGAUGAAAUUCUGACAAAGUACCUUGAAUACAAAUCAAAGAAGGAUGGCAUGGCUCCGGAUUCAAUAGGAGAAAUUUUGAAAGGAAUAAGGUGUUAUUUUGAUAAAGCAUUGCCUAUGAUGCUCUUGUACAAAAAAGAACGCAAGCAAUAUAAUGAUACUAUUUUGGAUAAUGUAUCACCCUCAACCAUUUAUGGAGCUGAGCAUUUAUUGCGCCUGUUUGUUAAGUUACCUGAGCUUUUGACUUAUGUAACUAUUGAGGAGGAAACAUUGAAUCGCUUGCAGCAGAAAUUACUCGACUUUCUCAAGUUUUUGCAGAAAAAUCAAAGUACUUUCUUUCUCUCCGCGUACGAGGGCACCAAAGUCUCUGAAGGAAAAGGAAAAGGGAAUGAUGAAUGAGAAGAAACGUUGAACCCCUGGUCAUCCUGUUGUAUUCUUAAUUGUUAUAAAGAAUAUCAUAUUUCCCUUGAAAAAUUUAGGGAAGAAACUCAAUUGUUGUUGUAAGAAUAUUGACUAAUUCAUUCUUUAAUUUUUAAAGUUUAUACAAAAACAUUGAAAGCUCUUGGUGGCUGA